AUGAGAAGAGGGAGAUGGGGGGGGGGGGACAUGACAGAGAGCAUAGACAAGGACCUAACAGAGAGCAUAGGCAAGGACAUGACAGAGAGCAUAGACAAGGACAUGACAGAGAACAUAGACAAGGACAUGACAGAGAGCAUAGACAAGGACAUGUCAGAGACCAUAGACAAGGACAUGACAGAGACCAUAGACAAGGACAUGACAGAGAGCAUAGACAAGGACAUGACAGAGAGCAUAGACAAGGACAUGACAGAGACCAUAGACAAGGACAUCACAGAGAGCAUAGACAAGGACAUGACAGAGAGCAUAGACAAGGACAUGACAGAGACCAUAGACAAGGACAUGACAGAGAACAUAGACAAGGACAUGACAGAUACCAUAGACAAGGACAUGACAGAGAGCAUAGACAAGGACAUGACAGAGACCAUAGACAAGGACAUGACAGAGAGCAUAGACAAGGACAUGACAGAGACCAUAGACAAGGACAUGAGAGAGAACAAGGACAUGACAGAGAGCAUAGACAAGGAUAUGACGGAGAACAUAGACAAGGACAUGACAGAGAGCAUAGACAAGGACAUGGCAGAGAGCAUAGACAAGGACAUGACAGAGAGCAUAGACAAGGACAUGACAGAGAUCAUAGACAAGGACAUGACAGAGAGCAUAGACAAGGACAUGACAGAGAGCAUAGACAAGGACAUGACAGAGACCAUAGACAAGGACAUGACAGAGACCAUAGACAAGGACAUGACAGAGAGCAUAGACAAGGACAUGACAGAGACCAUAGACAAGGACAUGAGAGAGACUAUGUCUUCUGUCUCAGCUAUUGACAUCAAAGCUAUGUCUUCUGUCUCAGCUAUUGUCAUCAAAGCCAUGUCUUCUCUAUUGUCAUCAACGCUAUGUUUUCCGUCUCCGCUAUUGUCAUCAAAGAUAUGUCUUCUGUGUCAGCUAUUGUCAUCAAAUGAUUUGCAUCUAUUGCUACCCUCACGAGUUGUAGAGCUCGGCAUGUGUCUUUGGCAGCUUUCUGUGUGUUCCUGGUUCAUCUUCUUGGCUGGAUGUCUUUUCAGUGCCAGAGGUAGGCACGGAAAUCACAGCCUAUGA